AUGGCGACCAACUCCAUCAAACUUUUGGCCAGUGAUACGCACAGAGGCCUGGCCGAACUGGUAUCCUCAAGGGCAACUCUAUCCAGGCUGGGCUUGAAACUCACCAACGUUGAUAUCAAACGUGACUCCAACACAGAAGUGUCGUUUUCCAUCAAGGAAUCCAUCAGAGAUGAGGACAUCUACAUCAUCAUGCAAAUUGGUUCUGGUGUGGUCAACGAUAAGGUACUGGAGCUGUUGAUCAUGAUAAACGCGUGUAAGACCGCCAGUGCUAGAAGAAUCACAGCUGUGUUGCCAAAUUUCCCAUAUGCCAGACAGGAUAGAAAGGACAAGUCUAGAGCCCCCAUUACUGCCAAGCUCAUGGCUGACAUGCUGACCACUGCUGGAUGUGACCAUGUGAUCACAAUGGACUUGCACGCGUCUCAAAUCCAAGGCUUUUUUGAUGUUCCAGUGGAUAAUUUGUAUGCUGAGCCAAGCGUGGUGAGAUACAUCAAGGAAAACAUCGAUGUUUCAGAGGCUAUCAUCAUCUCGCCUGAUGCAGGUGGAGCCAAGAGAGCUGCAGGUUUGGCCGAUAGACUGGACCUGAACUUUGCUCUUAUCCACAAGGAAAGAGCCAGAGCAAAUGAGGUGUCUCGUAUGGUUCUUGUUGGUGAUGUCACCGACAAGAUCUGUAUCAUUGUGGACGACAUGGCGGACACCUGUGGUACUCUGGCCAAGGCUGCUGAGGUUUUGUUGGAUAACGGAGCCAAGUCUGUGAUCGCCAUCGUUACGCACGGUGUUCUCUCGGGUAAUGCCAUUCAGAACAUCAACAACUCAAAGCUUGAUAGAGUCGUUUGUACGAACACGGUGCCCUUUGAGGAGAAGAGAUCCAAGUGUCCAAAGCUUGAUACUGUGGACGUCAGUGGAGUCCUUGCUGAGAGUAUAAGAAGGUUACACAACGGUGAGAGUAUAUCUUACCUUUUCCGCAACACCCCAUUAUAG